AUGGAUUCUCGAUUCAAAUUAGUACUUUCAGUGGUGACGUCGUAUUUUAAUGUGAAUGGCGUGAGCGUAGAGGAACUGGAAAAUGAGGAGCAUGUUGAUGACUUUUUAAAUCAAAUAAACGUUUUCAUUCUUACCUGUCAUCUAAAGAGCAAUGAUCACUUAUCCUUCAGCAACCAACUUGCCUACCGAGACAAUGUAAAGCAAAUGCUUGUAUUUAUCAAAAUACAACCAACUUACAUUGAUGAGAAGAACUGGAAAUCAGUCGUGAUGGUUUGUUACAUUCCUGGAUCUCCUGUGGUAGGCUUUUACAACUCUGUCAGUAAAUUGUUCGCUCCGUUGUUACUAAAGAAUAAUGAGAAAUUAGUGCUUCAGGACCCGAAAUUGCAAACAGCUCUCACUGAUUUAGCCGCUGGGUUAUCUGCGAUUGUCAACGAAGAAGAUUCUUCUGAAAAAAACACAAAUAUUUUCACUCUUAUGGAUGAGGUCAACUACUGGCGUAACAAAUCACGGUCUUCUUCAAGUAACAAUACAGAUGAAAAGAAACGUUGCGAGUUCUUUGCAUGUCUUAUAGAAAGCCCAGCUCAAAAAUGUGUACAGAUUGAGUCCGCAUCUCAGUUGGCAAUGAAUAUCAGAAUACCUUCACCUGCUGAUUCAAACUACCAAGCUAAUGAUGUACAGGAUCAACUGUCUUUCGGGACAGGUUUAAUAGACUUAGUGGAAAUUCUUGAUUCGCUUCUUAUGGAUACUUUGGAUGAUUUAUGGAGGUGUUCAGAUUCACGUGUAUCUCAACCCUAUCCAGAGAAAAGAAUGCGUCAGCUUAUUGAAAGUUUAAGUCACUGGACUGUACGUGUGAUUCAGGGCUUCUUGGGUAGUAUGAACAAAUUGUCUAAAGAUAAUGAGAUGAUGUUUUCAAACUUAUGGAUUUUACCUUAUAGUGAAGUUAAAAGAGCUAUUCUUUUGGGUAUUCAAGCAUGCGAUCAGUGGAUGAAGAGUAGUCAUAUAUUAACUCAACAAUUAUGGUCACGUUAUACGCCACAUCCAUGGGAUGGUCCUUCACCAAAUUUAGCCUAUCUAACACAGUUUAAAAAUCGUUUAAAUGAAAUCCUUAGUUUAAGAGGCCUUUAUGAACAUUUAUACCAUUUCACGACAACUGCUGAACAUAUUGAAUUCAAAAUGGAUUGUGGAUUGGCUAAUUUCAUAUUUCAUACAUUAGGAUAUGAUGGUUCUAAAACAACAACAACAGAAACAACGGUUUCAUCCAUGCUAAAACAAUUCAUCAAUCCUUUAAUCUAUAAUCCAUAUACAAUGGAGGAAUGGAUAUCGGCAAAGAAUCUGAUUGAUGCACGUCUACGACCGAUCGAAGAGUGUGCAGCUUCUCGAUUUAAAACUAGACUGUUAAGUUUGUCUAGUAGAAUUGAUUCUAACAAAAGUACUUAUUCCAGUAGAAUGAAUUCAAAUCAAUUAUUGAAAGAAUUUCAAAAGUUUCAAGAUUUAAUUCAUCGUCCAAUUGUCUCUGAUGCAUUACAAUCAGAAAAAGAAUUACUUCUUGGUUAUUUGGAAGUAUCACUUAAAGAGCUUCAUGAAGAAUUUCUAUUGAAAUCAAACUCUGGAGAUUCACAUUAUCAUAAUCAGCGGGAACAACAGCAGCUAGCACAAAAGAAAUCACAAGUUAUGCUUAUUAAAAAUAUUCCAGAUCGUGUAAAUCGAAUACUAUGGGCUGGUCAGUUGAAAUCACGUCUACAAGAGGAAUAUACACUUGUUGAAUUUCUUCUGUCUGAUCUACAACGCUUUGAAGCAUAUAAAGAGGAAUCUGUUCGUCUGAUUGAACAAAUUGAAAAUUGGCAUAAUGAACAAUUUCAAGCAUGGUCACACGAUAGUCUUGCUGCACUUUCCUCUGAAUCAUCAACAUUCAAUCCUACAGGCACGUUACUAACACUGUCAUCAGUUGAUGGUCAUUUAGAAGUUGGAUUUCCAGAUGGUUUAGUUCAACUGCAAAGAGAAGUACGUCUUCUAGGCGGAUUAGGUUAUCCUAUGCCAUAUAAAAUAAUACAAGCUAUUGAUCAAGCUGAAAAAAUAUCCCAAUAUGCAGUAAUGUUGAAACAGAUAGCACAUUUCUAUAAUUCUAUUGAUAAUGAAAUGUUACCCUUUCAAAAACCACUGAUGCUUAAUUCAGCUAUGGCAUUUGAACGUUUAAUUAAACUACACAAUAAUAUACCAAAUUUUACUAAAGACACUCUAUUGAAUCCAAUUACAUGGAAUCAAACAGAAGAAGUAGUACAGUAUAUUCAACAGUUACAAAAAUUAUCACAACAAGUAAUGUGUGAAAAUCGUCGACUACGUAAAAUUCAUUAUGCACUUAUAGAAAAGAUGGUUAAGUUGUUAGAUGUUGACCUGUUACGUAAUCAAUCGAAAUGGAGAAGUGAAUUAAAUGAUAUGCGAUUUAUACUGUCUGAAGCAGCAACUGCAGGAGGAUAUCCAGCUGACCAUAUGGCACCAUGGAGAGCUUUUCUAGAUCGUCAACUGUACAAAGUACUUGAAUAUCAAUACAGAAGUGGAUUAGAAGAACUCAGUGAAAGAAUGCCUGAGAUGCGUGUAGAUAUGGUCUAUCUACAAUCACGUCUUGCAUUUCGUCCACCAUUUGAAGAGAUAAAAGCUAAAUACUAUCGUGAAUUACGAAAAUUCAUUUGUAUACCAGAUAAUUUUCGUGGACUAAGUGAAUUCCCCCAAUCAACUGAUAACAAUAAUAGUCAUAACAGCAAAAAGUCAACUCCUACAAACAAGAAUAAUGAUACUGUUGCCAGUUUUAUAUUCUCAAAUAUUAUUGAUAAUCAAGUCAGUGGACUACGUGUAUGCUACAGGAAAGUUGAAUUCUUAUUCACACGACUGUUGGGUAGUUUAGAACAAUUUCAAGAUUGGGUUGUAUUAGGCAGUGUAAAUCUAGAUGAGUUAGUUGAUUCACAUUGUCGUGAUCUUGUCGAUUUUGAAAGAAAUUUCAAGGCGAUUAAAAUCCGUGGUCGUGAGGCUGAAAAGUUACCCAAUGAAAUACGCAUCGACUGUAUCACAGUAAACUGUCUACCAGUGAAAAUGGCUAUUGAAGGUUUACUUCAAAAUUUAUUUGAUACACUACAGAAUUGCUUGCGUAGAUCAAUUCAUGGUGAUUUAGUCGCUGCUGACGCCUUUUUAACAGAUUCAUUAGAUAAACUGAAUUAUCGUCCACAAACAGUAGAUGAAUUGAGUGAAGCAAUGACACGAGAGAAUGAUUUCACUAAAGCGUUAAAUCGUUUAAAUGAUCAAAUUAAAUGUGCUGAACUCAAGGAUCAGCUGUUGCGUACUGUCUCCGGUAAUGGUGUAACAAAUAUAAAUACAAUCAAGGGUAAAUGGGAAAAAUUUCAAACAAUGAUGGAAGGUUAUAAAAUGAUGAUGAAUGAACAGUUAGAGGUAUUAAAAUCAAAUGUUAUCAAUCAAACAAAAGCUUAUCUCAUGAAUCUGGAACGUUUCAAAAAUCGUUGGAAUCAAUCGAAACCAGGCAAAGAUCUGUUAGACAGUGGAGAUAAUGAUACGUGUUUAUCUGCAAUAGAAGUUAUUAAACAACAUGAAAAUGAAUUUCAAGAAUUAAAAGCAAUACAUCAAAAUUUAAUACGAGAUUAUGAAUAUUUUGGUAUGAAGAAACCAGAACUUUCAUUAACUGAUGAAUUAGCUAAAGAUUUAAAUGAAUGUACUCUCAUGUGGUCAGAAUUUGAUAAUUUCUUCAAAGGUUUACAAGUAUAUGCUAAAGAAGAAUGGAUUUCAUUCAAAUCGCGGUAUUAUGUAUUUGAAGAAUUUUUAACUGAAUGGUCUGGUAAACUGCGUUCUUCACAGGCAACUGCGAUGACUGUUCGUUUACAGAAAGAAAUUGAUCGAUAUCAAGAUCUUAUACCAGUACUAAAAUGGUUGAAAGGUGAUCAUUUAACUAAAGAUCAUUGGCUUGAAUUAUUCCGUCUGAUUGGUCUACCGAAAGGAAUCAAACUAGAAAGUCUUCUCUUUGGUGAUUUACUACAAGUUGGAACAAAUAUCACUAAUCAAUGUGAUGCACUGAAAUCUCUUGCACAACGAGCACAAGCUGAAAUUGUUGUACGUGAAGCAUUACAAGAAUUAGAUGUCUGGGGUGCUGGUACAACAUUUACUCUCAUAGAAUAUAUUGAUAGUGCUGGAAAAAUUGUUUAUCUAGUUAAAGAUUGGAAAGAGAUUCUUAGUCAGGUUGGAGAUAAUAUCGCGCUGUUAGCAUCCCUACAAGAUUCACCAUACUUUGAUAGUUUUUCGGACAGGUCAAAUGCUUGGGCAAAACGUUUAUCUGAUUUAGACUAUUGUCUUACUGGAUUACAAUCAAUUCAACGGAAAUGGAUUUACUUAGAACCAAUAAUGAGUCGUGGUGCUCUACAUAAAGAAAGCGCAAGAUAUGCCCAAAUCGAUACAGAGUUUCGUCAACUAAUGUCUAGCAUAAAAGCAGACAAUCGUGUGGUUAGUUUAGUCAACGGGAUGAAAGGUACUGCGUUGAAAGAGAAUUUGAAUAAUUUACAAGAUCAGUUAGCUCGAUGUCAACGUGCAUUGAAUGAAUAUCUCGAAGAGAAACGUAGUAUCUUUCCACGUUUUUAUUUUAUUGGCGACGAUGACCUACUGGAACUGUUAGGUCAAACAACAAAUCCAAGUAUUAUACAAAUGCAUAUUAAAAAAUUAUUUCAAGGUAUACAUACUGUAAAAUUUGAUAACAAUGAUCAAACUACUGAUAACAAGGGGAAACAAGUAGUUAAAAGUAAACAACCAGAAAAUAUUACAGCUAUAUGUUCAGCAGAAAGUGAAACUGUACAUUUACAAAAACCAAUACAAUUAACUAGUGAAAUUGAAGUUUAUCUUGAAAAGUUAACAAAUGAAAUGAAAUCCACACUGAAUGAAUUAUUAGUCCAAUGUUUGAAAGAAUGUUCCAGUGAAAAUCAACGUCGACAUAGACUUGAUCCAAAUGCAUAUCCUGAACAAAUAUUAAUACUGUCUGAAGCAAUUAAUUUUUGUAAAAAUGUUGAAAAUGCGCUGAGUUGUGGUGAAUUGAACAAAUUGAAAAAGGAUUUACAAUCUCAACUGACAGCGUAUACCUCAGUCAACUUACAUAACAUGAAAGAAAAUGAUCCCUACUGCAUCACUGCACCGUCAGAAUCAAAUCUCACGAAUUCAGCCAGUUCACGUUUACAAACUUGUAAAUUAAGCUCACUAAUAUUGGAUAUAAUACAUUCAAUCGAUAUUAUUGAUCAAUUAAUUCGAAAUGGUACAGUUUCACCGAAAGAUUGGAUAUGGCAGCGUCAGUUAAGAUUUUAUAUGAAUGACAGGUCGUCUGGUUCUACUGGCUUUAAUACACUUAAAUCAAAAGAGUCCCAUUUACUGAAAACAUCUGUAUGUAUGGCUGAUGCAGAAUUCACGUAUACUUUUGAAUAUCAAGGCAAUUCACCGCGUCUUGUGCAUACACCGCUAACAGAUAAGUGUUAUUUAACACUGACUCAAGCUAUGCGUAUGGGUCUGGGUGGGAAUCCAUACGGUCCAGCUGGUACUGGGAAGACAGAGUCUGUUAAAGCUCUCGGGUGUUUAAUGGGACGUCAGGUUCUUGUGUUCAACUGCGAUGAAGGCAUUGAUUUGUACUCGAUGACAAGAAUUUUUGUCGGCAUAGUAAAAUGUGGUGCUUGGGGUUGUUUCGAUGAAUUCAAUCGAUUGGAAGAAUCUGUUCUGUCGGCAAUCUCAAUGCAAAUACAGAUUAUUCAAGAUGCAUUAAAAUCCGGCAUAUCACAAAUUAACCUGUUGGGUCGUACAACAAGUGUAGAUCCUAAUUCUGCAUUAUUUAUAACAUUAAAUCCAGCUGGUAAACAUUAUCGUGGACGUCAGAAACUACCAGACAACUUGAAACAAUUAUUUCGACCAAUUUCAAUGACAAAACCAGAUGUCGAGUUGAUAGCUGAAAUGAUUCUGUUCUCUAAAGGAUUUACAAAUGCUCAAAUAUUAGGGCGUAAAUUGGUCUCUGUUUUCUCACUGGCCAAACAACUUCUUUCAGUACAACAACAUUAUGAUUGGGGUUUAAGAGCAUUGAAAUCCGUUUUACGCUCUGCUGGAGCAUUAUUGCAUUCAAACAAACAGAUGUCAUCGUCAAACAUUGAAAACCUUGAACAAAGUCAGUUGAACCAGCAACAACGACAACAGACGUAUGAAUAUGAAGCUGCUCUUGUCAUUCAAGCAACUAAAACAAAUAUUCUCUCCAAGUUAACUAAUCAUGAUUCAAUUCGUUUUGAAAAUCUGCUAAAAGAUGUAUUUCCUGACGCCACACUGCAUAACUGGUCAUUUGAAAAUCAAGAGAUUUCAAGGUUGAUCGAUGCAUUGCAUUCAGUGAUACAAGAGAAACACAUGAUAUUAGUAGAAGCUCAGAUUCGUAAAGCUAUUGAAUUAUAUGAACAAUUAUCACAACGUAUGGGUGUUGUGUUAGUAGGACCAUCUGGUUUUGGCAAAUCAACAGUGCUGAAUCUAUUACGUUUAGCAUUGAAUAAAAUUGGUACACCAGUACGUUCGUAUAUAUUUAAUCCAAAGUCAAUGUUACGUGUACAAUUACUUGGACAGAUUGAACCAGAUACACAAGAAUGGACAGAUGGUGUACUCACACAUAGUGCUAGAUGUGUAGUAAAAGAAAGUACAGAUCAGAAAUGUUGGAUCAUAUCUGAUGGUGACAUCGAUCCUGAAUGGAUUGAAUCUUUGAAUUCAGUACUGGAUGAUAAUCAUCUACUCACUUUACCCAGUGGUGAACGUAUACAAUUUGGUUCAAAUGUGAAUUUCAUCUUUGAAACACACGAAUUGAUUCAUGCUAGUCCAGCGACUAUCUCUCGAAUGGGUGUUGUAUAUGUUGACGACGAGGCAAGUGAUCCACGCACACUAGUUGAAGCAUGGUUAAUGCAACAGCCUGAGAAUGAACGUGAUCAGUUGAAACUUCUUAUUGAUCCAAUAUUUUACAAAUGUUUAGAAUGGGUCUACCAGAAGAAUGAAUUUGUUGUUGAAACUAGUCGUGCUGCUAUAGUAUUUAAUAGUCUUUCUCAUCUCAUUGGAGCUAUAACACCUGCCCAGUUUACUGUAGGAUUAAUACGUGGGCUGGGUGGAAAUCUUACAGAAUCAACACGUAAUGAAUUAGCAAUUAAAGUCUAUGAAGCUACUGGCGAAAAUCCACCUGAUCAAAGUAGACCAUUAGAUGUACAGGUGGAUACAAAUAAUCCAAAUCGUUUAAUUUCAUAUCCCAAAGGAAUAAGUGUUGCACUGCUAGGAACCUCAACGUCAGAUUUCAAAGGUCAUAAUUCCCAAUAUUCUGAAAUAUCGUCAACUGAAUGCAGUGAAAAUCCAGUGGUAGCAAAUACAAUAGCUGAAGCAAUAGCUUCUGGUUGUCCUCCGCUGGUUUUAACACCCGACGUUAGACGAUCUAUUGAUGCUUUUCGAUGCUGGUUAAAUGAUGACAAUGCAAGAUCACGACAAUCAUUUUUAUUAGUCGGUCCAGAAGGUUGUGGCAAAAGCCUUCUACUGGACUAUUGUUUUGCUACACUGUCAAAGUCUGUUCAUGUAGCUACUGUUCAAUGUUCAGCUCAAACAACACCUAAUCAAUUACUGGAUAAAUUGUCACAAUAUUGUAUAUGUGUGAUAAGCACAACUAAUGGUCGAAUCUUACGUCCAAAAGAAGGUGAUCGUCUUAUUCUCUAUUUACGUGAUCUUAAUUUACCAAAACCGGAUAAAUGGGGAUCAUGUCAGUUAACAGCAUUUUUACAACAGAUUCUUACCUAUCAUGGAUACUAUGAUCCAUCCAGUUUAGAAUUCAUUGGCAUCGAAGGAAUACAAUUCGUCGGAAGUUUUACCCCAGCCAAUACAUCUGUUGGUCUUGGACGUUAUCCUCUGUCGAAACGAUUCACUUCAGCUCUCCGACUAACAGUCAUUGGAUAUCCAGACAAUGAUCAAAUGAUAAGCAUUUAUGCCUGCCUAUUACAAGCUGUCAGUGUUUCCAGGUUGAAAUAUACUACUGCUCAGUCAACCGAAUCAGAUCGUAUAAGUAGUAGACGACCAGACUACAACAAUAAAAAUUUAAAGGCUUCUUCUUCGUCGUCUAAAAGAUUACUCAUUAAUCCUACUGGAUUGCAUAAUAUGUCUACAAUAAUGGUUCACCUGUUACACGAAUUACAGCGUAAUUUUCGUGCUGAUGAAUAUGCCCAUUGUGUAUUUACACCGCAUUCACUGACUGCAUGGGUAAGCGGACUACUACGUUAUAAAUUCACGGAAUCAAUGAAUGAAAUAUGGUCAAUAUUUGGUUAUGAAGCCAAGCGUUUAUUUCGUGAUUGUCUACCUGGAGAGAAAGCACGUCAUCAAUUCGAUGUAUUACUCACUAGGAUAUUAUACAAUGUUUUAAGUGGAUCCCUAAUAAAACCUGGUGAGGAGAUAGAUAAAGCUGGUAAAAAUUGGAAGAUAUCAAAUGACAAAUGCGAUGAAAUACAAAGUACGCUAAUGAUGGCAACUGGAGACUGCGAAUCGUAUGAAAGUGAUAUCCCUGAUGAAGAUAAAUCCAGUUAUAAUGAUGGUGAUGAUGAUGAUUAUAAUUUUGCCAAAUUUCAUGGUUCAUUUGUCACAUGGAUUGCAACUCAUCAUUCCCCGUCAGGAUAUCCAGCGGCAUUAUAUGGAAAACCGCUGGAAUUUUUAAAGUAUACACAAAUCAAAGAAAUAGCCUUGAAAGCAUUGAAACAGUUAGCUAGAGAAAAGUUACCACAAGCUGAAACUUUGGUAUUAUUCCCAGACUUUAUUGAUUAUUUAUGUCGAUUCGAUCGUGUACUCAGUCGUCCAUCAGGUUCUCUGUUAUUAGCUGGUCGUUCUGGUAUUGGACGCAGGUCUGCAUUGAAUUUAAUCGCCCAUCUACAUCAGUUGAAUACUUUUCGUUUACAUACUGGUCGAAAUUAUACUAUGCGUCAAUUUAUGAAUGAUAUGAAGACUGUUUGUCAGUCAGCGGGUAUUGACAAUCAACCAACCUUAUUGAUUAUUGAAGAUUAUCAAUUAAAAGAUGAUUGUUUCCUGGAAAUUGUGAAUAGUCUAUUAGCUUGUGGUGAAGCAAGCGGUUUAAUGAAUACUGAGGAAUUAGAAGCUACUGUAUCGAUUGUCGCCUCGAAAACUGGAGUGAAUCUUAAAGAACAAGCAGCUGAAGCUGGACAUCGUGGACCGUUGACCACAUUCUUAGCUAAUCGUAUUCAUAGAAAUCUUCAUUUUGCUAUUAUUCUGGAUAUUGAUGAUGAUUUCUUCAAUAGUCGACUACAGUCGAAUCCUUCACUAUAUAAAUAUUGUUGUGUUCAAUGGAUGGAUGAAUGGUCUAAGGCUAGUUUACUACAAAUCCCUAAACUACUUAUACCAAAAUCAUGUAUUCCAAAAGAUGUGAGCGGUUUUUGUCAAGCCUGCGUUAAUCUGCACACUUCAUCAUCAUCACCAGAUUCACAUAUGAUGAUAACGGCAACGACGCCUACUCCACGUCAUUUUACUGCAUUCUGUUCGACUUACUCACGAGUUGAACAAAAUCAUCGGAAGAAAUUAAAUUCGGAAAUCACUAGAUUAAAAAGUGGUCUAGGGAAACUGAAAGAAGCCUGUGAACGUGUUAGUGAAUUGAAAAGGCAGACAGCUGAACAAGGAAAGCUAUUGGUAGAAAAACAAACUGAAGCUGAUAAAGCCUUAGAACAGAUAAGUGCUGCAAUACAAGGUGCAGCUGAACAAAGAACCGAAAUGGAGAAUUUACGCAGUCGAGCAGCAGAUGAAUCUAAACACUUAGAACGCCGUAAAUCAGCCAUUGAUUCAGAGCUAGCAGAAAUUGAACCAAUGGUUCAACAAGCUAGAGCUGCUGUUGGAAGUAUCAAACCAGAAGCCUUGUCAGAGAUACGUGCUUUACGUGCACCACCUGAUAUUAUACGUGAUAUUCUUGAAGGUGUUCUGCUCCUUAUGGGUAUAUGUGAUACAUCAUGGGCUAGUAUGCGUGGAUUUUUAGCUAAAAGAGGAGUUCAAGAAGAAAUUCUUAAUUUUGAUGCUAGAAAAAUUACACCAGAUAUACGGGCUAGUGUUGAAAAACUUUUAAUUAAAAAUCAAGAAUCAUUUGAACCUCGGGUUGCUAAACGUGCAUCUGUCGCAAUCGCUCCAUUAGCCACAUGGGUUCGUGCUAAUGUACAAUAUGCAAGUGUAUUAGAGCGUAUUUCCCCAUUGGAAGCUGAACACAAUAAAUUAAAAUCAUCUCUACUUCAAGCUGAAAAUUCUUUAACAAAUUUAGCUAAAGAUUUAAGUAAUGUUGAUUCAAAAGUGGCUAAACUACGUAGUAUUUUUGAAAAGCAUACCACUGAAGCAACACACUUAAAAAUGGAACUUGAACGUACAAAAGAAACAUUGGCAUCAGCUGAAACCUUGGUUGGAGAAUUAGAAAGUGAACAUACACGAUGGAAUAAUCAGAUUAAUGAAUUGACUAGCCAACUGAAUAGUCUACCAUUAUUUGCACUGUUAGCCUCUGGUUUUAUAACCUAUCUAUCCGCUUGUCCUGAAGAUGUACGUCGUCAACAGACAUUGAAAUGGAUUGAAAAUUUAACUAGUCUUGGAAUGGUGCCGUCAUCAUCAUCAUCAUCUGCAUCUGCGUCAUCGGCAUUAAUACAAGGUGGUAAACAGAAUUUUGAUUUACUCAGAUUUUUAUCUACUGAACGUGAACAAUUAAUCUGGCAUAGUCAAGGUUUACCAUCAGAUCAAUUGUCAGGCGAGAAUGCUGUAACAAUUGUUCAUACUGAAAUGUGUCCAUUUAUUGUUGACCCUUCGUUAAGAGCGCUAAACUGGUUGAAAGAGUAUUUAAAGGAUCAACGUUUAGAAGUUAUCAGUCAACAUAAUCCUAAUUUUAUUACUACACUUGAAUUGGCUGUAAGAUUUGGUAAAUGUUUAAUUAUUCAAGAAGUUGAUGAAAUUGAACCGAUACUUAUGCCAAUUUUAUCGAAAAAUUUAAUUACACAAGGCUGUCGAAAUUAUGUAAUGCUUGGAGAAAAGUUGGUCGAUUAUCAUCAAGAUUUUCGCUUGUAUCUGUGUACACGUGAAACACCAAGAACUGUGGGGAGUGUUAAACCGAUCAGUGCAGCAUCAUUAGUGACUGUGGUGAAUUUUAUUACAACACGUACUGGAUUAAUUGAUCAGCUAUUAGAAAUAGCCUUACAAAAUGAGCAUCCAGAGUUAGAAAGUCGACGACAACAAUUAGUCUGUGAUGAAGAGAAUAUGAAAAUUGAAUUAGCUAAACUAGAAAAUGAUUUACUAGAGGAGUUAUCCAAUGCACAUGGUAAUAUCCUGGAGAAUAAAGAACUUCUGAUAUCACUGAAUAAAACUAAACAGUCAAGUUUAAUUGUGACGAAUUCAUUGAAAGAAUCGCUACGCUUACAAGAUGAAUUAGAUAAGGAAAGGAAUGUAUUCCAUCCACUGGCUGAAGCUGGUAGUCGACUUUACUUUGCCUUGAAAGAUCUCGUGAAAAUUAAUCAUAUGUAUCACUUCAGUUUGAAUAGUUUCCUGCAUCUUUUUCAACGUGCUUUAUCUAUGCCAUAUGAUAAAGGACUUGAUACCUCGGAACGUAUUAAAUCAUUACAAAAACUUGUGGAAUUAUUAGUAUAUGAAAGUGUCUCACGAGCAUUGUUCAAACCUGAUCGUUUAAUGUUUGCACUACACAUGGUUCGUACAAUGCGUCCACAGUCAUUCACAGAAGAGGAAUGGCUUUUCUUUAUUGGUCUAAGUGUAUCAGAAUCCCACUCUGCUGGUGAGCAUGUACCUACUUGGUUAGAUAAAGAACGUGCUCAAAAUAUUAUGAACCUCAAGGCUGCACUUCCAGAUGUUUAUAAAAAUCUCUGCUUUGAAGAUUCUAAAUUUUGGACAGAUUGGUUACAUGCAAAUGAUGCUGAAAUUAGAUCAACUCCAAAUAACAGUUUACAGUUUAAAUCAUUGAAACCUUUUCAUCUUAGUGUUCUUGCAAUUCAAGCUCUUCGACCUGAUCGUCUAUAUACUGCUUUAUCACAAUUCGCUAAUCGAUCUUUAGAUUUACCCCAAUUAAGUCCAACAACUUUAAAUUUACACAGAUUAUUUGAAACUGAAACAAGAUCAACAGAACCAAUCUUAAUAUUAAUCAGUCAAGGAGCAGAUCCAUCUCAAGAACUGGCAGAAGCAGCCACAUUACACUUUUCACGUAAAUUAGGCAAUAAACAUUCAUCGUCUGUGCCAACACUGUCAACAUCAAAUUAUCAUCAAAUUGCUAUGGGACAAGGUCAAACUGAAUUAGCUCUCAGUGAAUUACGUAAAGCAGUCAAAUCUGGUGAUUGGUUAUGCUUAAAAAAUCUUCAUCUUGUCAUCCAUUGGUUACCGGUAUUAGAAAAAGAAAUCAAUAAUUUAUUAUUUAAUGCUAAUAGAAAGCGCAUGAAGUCGGAUGAGAAAACAGAAAAUCGUAUUGAUGAUACUGAACAAUAUGUUCAUGAAGAUUUUAGAUUAUGGUUAACCGCUGAACCACGUACAAGCUUUCCGUCGACAUUGUUAGAAGGUUGUCUUAAAAUUGCUUAUGAAGCACCACCAGGAUUAAAGCAUAAUUUACGCAGAACUUAUGAAAGUUGGUCUGGAAAUUAUAUAUCUCAAGGGAAUUCAAAAACUCGUGCAAGUCUUCUUGCUUGUUUGGCUUGGUUUCAUGCAGUUGUACAAGAAAGACGAACGUAUAUUCCUCAGGGAUGGACAAAGUUUUAUGAAUUUACAUUUAGUGAUUUACGUGCCGGUGCAGAGAUUAUCGAUCGUUUAUUGUUAAGUGAUCAUGGCAAGAGUAUGAGAACAGUUAAAGAUAUUUGGUCAUGGAUAUAUGGUUUAUUUGGUGAAUCAAUUUAUGGUGGCCGUGUAGAUAAUACAUUUGAUUUAACUGUAUUAAAUUAUUAUCUUAAUUCAAUAUUCAAUGAUGAAAUAAUAAGAAAUCUUCAACUUGGUCCAUUCAAACUACCCGGUACAAUUGAAUUGAAAGAUUAUUUCCUCCAAAUCGACGCUCUACCAGCACAUGAUUUACCAAGAUAUUUCAGCUUGCCGCCAAACAUUGACAGUAGUUUACAACGUAGUGAAGCGAAUCGUAUUAUCGCCCAACUACGACUACUUAACAGGCCUAAAGUGGAUUCAGAACAGAAAUUCGAUAAAAGUGUAUGGAGUAAGGGAUUAGAACCAAUACUGAUCCUAUGGAAAAAACUCAAUCAAGGCUUGAAUUUGAUUCAACAGUCACGAUCUUCUAAUCAAAUCAAUAAAUUCUCCAGCUCUAAAUCAAACAACUACAAUCACAGUCAUCAUCAAAAUCAUGAGAAUGAAGGUAUUUUGAACAGUAGAAAUUCACUUCAAGAAUUUCUACAAUUAGAAUUACACAAUGCACUACAACUUGUUCAAGCUGUACAUUCUAAUUUGGCUAGUUUGUCAAGAGCUUGUCGAGGUAGUCAACUGGUAACUGAUGUUUUGCAUCAAUUAGCUGGCAGUAUUUUACACGGUGAAACGCCGGAGACUUGGUUAUCACAAUGGCCUGAAGGACCAAGUGAAGUUGUUCCUUUUCUAAAAGAUUUAAUCGCUAAAUCAAAUACUGUACAGACAUGGGCUAAACAAGCAGAGACAGAUCAAUUUCUGCGUGAACAAAAUGAAAAUGGCUUAGAUUUAGCCAGCCUAUUUCGUCCAGCUACAUUUUUAAAUGCAUUACGUCAACAGACAGCCAGACAAUCGAAUAUAUCGAUUGAUAUGCUGAAAUUGUCAUGUCAAUGGAUAACACAGUCUUAUACUCAUAGAAAUAAUAAUAACAGUAAUAAUGAUACUAAUAAUGCUAAAUCUAUACCAAUACGCAUUACAAAUUUGAAAUUAGAAGGCGCCAACUUUCGAAAUGGUCAACUGAGUCAAAGUGAUCCAGAGGAUCCAACAAUUAUCAAACUGCCUGAUAUUAUUUUGAAAUGGAUUCCUAAAAAUGAACUGGAUCCACUCUGUGAGAAUGAUUCAAUCUCUUUACCACUUUACUUGAAUAAUACACGUGACAAUUUAGUAACAUAUAUUCGUGUACCAUGUCCUCCAGGAAGUCAAAAUCAAUGGAUUCCAGCUGGAACAGCUUUAUUACUUAGUUGUGUAUAA